UAUUCUGACAACUCACUCGUCGAAAACCGCUUGAAAGAGCUGUACAACAACUGGGAAGGAACUAAACUCAGCAAAGCAGAGAUCUCUCACUUCACUUGCUACACAUGGGACCUCUGACUGUAGAGCAGCUUUGAUUGGCCGACAAAAUCAACAAGCGUGAAACGUGUGAAGGCUACCGGCAUAGAUGGCUACAGAGAUGCACGUGUUUGGCCAGUUUCCCAACCAGGAGGAUUUCUGUCUCGUCGUCUGCCAUGUCUGCAACCAAGUGGUCAAACCCCAGGGCAUCCUCACCCACUACGAGCGUCGGCACGGCUCCCCGUGUCCCUCCAGGGUUCCAGUGGUCUCUGUGAAGCCCAAUGUGGCAGUGUCCACCACCCCGGGUCCUGCUCCCCCUCCGCCCUUCAGGGUCCCCAGAGACUACCCCCACUCCCGCUUCAACAAGGCCCCGCUCGCUGUCUACCCUCCCAAGGGUGCCCGCGGCAAGACAUGUGUGUCGUUGCCAGUAGUGAGUCUGGAGAAGAUGCCAUGUCUGGGCCGGGCAGAGGGGGGAACACCCAUCAGAGUCAACUGCUUUUCUUCCACACCCUCCUGCUCCUCUCCCUCCUCCCUCAAACCCUCCCUGACCCCCCCAGCUCCCCUCAGGGGGUCUCAGGAAAAGCUGGUGAACGGUCGCGGCCCCUCCAACCCUUGCUCCACCACACCCCCCUCCUCGGUGGACCGCCGGCCCAGCCCGGCCCGCUCUCCCCUGGACAAACGGCCCUCCUCUACCCCCUCCCCCUCCCCCCUGGACCACCGCAGACCCUCCGCCUCCCCCUCUCCCUCCCCUCGGACCCCGGCACCCACCUCCCCCCUGGACAGGAAACAGCAGAAUGGAACCAAGACCCCCAGGCCUCACAGGAGACUGUCAGGGAGGGUGUUUGACCCUAACAAGCACUGUGGAGUCCAGGAUCCAGAGAGCAAACGGUCCUGCACGCGAUCACUCACCUGCAAGACUCACUCCCUGACCCACCGACGGGCCGUCCCAGGCAGGCGGAAAGAGUUUGAUAUUCUCCUGGCGGAACACAAGGGCCGAGCGAAGGAGAAAGAGAAGGAGGGGGCGAAGGAGUCACAGGGGGGCAGUCAGAGCAUCCCUGCCAACAACACUACCCCCUCCACCCUGCCCCACCACUGCCACAAUGGCAGGACCGUCUCCACACUCAAACUGCGGCUGGCCAAUGCACACAUACCCAAGGUACCUGGUGGUGGUGGUGCUGCUGUCUUAUCCUCUACCCCCGUCCCCCCAGCCUCAACCCAGGACCCCCCAGCCCCUGUCUGGCAGAGGGCAGGAGGGGACGAGAGGGCAGGAGGGGACAGGGACGGUCGUCUGUCCAGUGAUGAGGGCGACCCAGGAACACCAGAGGACCCUGACAGAGACAUAGACGGAGACCGACCAUCCUGCCACUACUCCACUCACCACCCUCGACCACUGGGGUGCUGUACAUUCAGCAGCAGGCUGAUGGGGCGUGGUCACUAUGUGUUUGACCGGCGGUGGGACAAGAUGAGGCUGGCGUUACACUGUAUGGUGGAGAAACAUGUCAACACUCGGAUGUGGAGAAAGGUGCCCCUGGCUGCUGAGAGCCCUCUCUCCCUCGGGAGCCCUCCUAUGAGCACUCCCUCCCCCAGCUCUCUCACCCCUCUUCCCCGCCUCUCCUCCCCCUCCUUUCCUCCCUCCACCAAUGGAGCCUUCUCCCUUGGGUCCCACUCCACAACCUUCCCCCAGGAUGCAUCAGCAGCAGGGUUGUUUGGCAUCAGGGACCCCUCCCAGCCCCUGGCCCCUGUCUCCGCCCUAGGGAAACCCCAUAACGGCACUACCACCAAACCCAUCAGGCCCCCAGGGGCCACUGGUGGCGCAGCCAAGAAGAGGAGGACCACCCUUCCACCUAGUUCUGACACUCUUAGGGGGAACAGCAGCAGCUACCACACUCUGACUCCCACCCCCAUGCUCAGCUCUGGUAGGAGAAAGACCUUAGGACACAGUGCCAGUGAGGUGGGGGUCAGGGCUGAGGACUCGUACUCCAACCCUGACCCAACCACCACCACACCCUACCACCCCAGACCCUUGCCCCCUCCUCCCAGUCCCCAGCCUCCCCCCAGCCCCCUGGCCUACGGAGGAGGGGUGGAGGGGAGAAGGAGGAGGAGCCCCAGUGCAUACGGAGGAGGAGGGAAGCCCAGUAAGAUGGCCAAAGCAGCAGCAGGGCUGGACGGUCUCUUCAGGAGGAACAGCACUGGACUUCUGGCCUCAGGCCCAGAGUCACCUCGACAGUCCAAGAUGCAUCAUAGACAAUAACAGGAGACAUGGACAGAAUGUUGGGCAGCUGCAUGGACUAGUAUCUGUGACCUUUAACCCAAUGUCAUACCACUGGGCCCUGCCCUCUUAACAGUGAUGUCACUCAGCUCUGCACCUGUAUCCAGGAGGGGUUCUGGGACUUGGAGUCAUUGGUGGGUCAGAAUGAUUUGGCUCCUCCUCUCACACUGCCCAUCCCAUAUUAGGAUGUGUGGUUCCUCCCACAACCCCGCCCACACAGAGGUAGUCUCCAUGGUUACAGGGUGAAACACUCAAAUCAAGACACUCAUCAUCACAAACUGCCCUCUGAAAAGGGAACCUGCUUUAGUUUGGCAUCUUUAUCACCGCUCUACAUGCAUUUAGACAUUUAUCAACCAAUCAGUUGGUUUUGUUGUUGUAGCUUCCCGUUCCUGUGUGGUCAGGUGGCCAGGAAGGAAUUCCCAUGUCCAAAAACUUCCUCAGACAGACCUAUCUUGACAGCCCCAGCAGACAUCCCCUCCUCACCACACACCCUUCUCUCCAGCAUGCCUGUGUUCAAAGUGCACUUACUCUCCUCCUGGACUCCAGAGGCUACACAACAACCUGUCUUGUCACACAAGGGAAGACUUUAUACUGACACUUUUUCAUGAAAUGUCUUUCAAAAUAGGAAGAAUUCAGGUUAUCGAGGAUUGUUUUUAUUCUUCGUCUCAAAUGUUGCAACACAGAGAGUGUCAGGACCUACACCCUAAAUGGAAAAACGAUGGUGUUGGAUUUUUUAAUGUAUAAUAAUUUAUAAUUUCUUAAUACAUUUCUUACUGACCAGAGUAGAGCUACAAACGUUGAGCAAAAUUAUAUUUGUAUGUACAUUUUAAAAGUAUUAUUAUUAUCAUAGAGUUAUUGUUGAAAAUGUGUACAUAUAUUGUAUUAUUUUUGUAUUCAUUAUUAAUCUCCCCUUACUAAAGCUAAAGUGUUUUACCCGCUAGGUGACGUGUGCACGUACAGUGCGCUCUUAAUACGAUGUUAGUAUUUGUAAGGGUCCUUUUUGCCUGUGGUUCUCCCUUUUCACACUUCUUCCAAUGUUUCUACCUUUCAACAUAACUUCUUUCUCUUCCAUUGGUCUUUGACAGAUCUGUAUAUCUGCUUGAUUGAUAUGUACAUUACAGAAAUGUACAUAUGGUACUAGCCAACUUCUUUAAUACUGCUGGUUCCACUGCAGUGUGUUCUUCUGUUCUGUCAGUGAUAGACACUACAGUGAUGUAACCGCAUGGGCUGCAUCUCAAUAGUCUAAAGUGUCUUCUCCUCGUCUCCACCUUCAUUUUCAGAUUAGGAAAGAUGGAGGAGGAGUUAAAGCAAUGUGGUGGUUGCCAGCCAGGAAUUUGACUUCCGUCUAGCGAGUCCUUGUGAUAGGAAGUUACUUUAGAUUAUUUAGAUGCAUAUUUCAGAACAGUGAUAGUGCCCCUACUGUUGCAUAGAUAGGGGAGUCUAUUCAGUGGUUGCCUGAAUGUAGAAUAAUACUUUUUAAGAUCCUCUCUUUUGCACUUUUUCUCGUAUGCCCAGAUUGUUAAUCUACUUCUAUUUAUAUAGAUAUUUGCUUCCCACCAAGUAUGAAUUCUGUGGUGUGAAGACACGCACAAUCAAGACAACUUCGUUUUUUUAUUUGUAAUGAAUUUGGAAAAUGUUCUAUCAUUUUCUUUCACUUUGAAAAUGUCAAAGGUUUUGUAGAUCGGUAGGAAAAAAUCUAAUGUAUUCCCUUUUUAAAUUGAAUUGUAAGGCUGCAAAAUGCGAAGACUGUGCAAGGUGUGUGUAGACUUGAACUAGGCAGUGUAUAUAUUUGUAAAGGUGUUUUGUCAACAACAGUAAAUAUGAAGACUAGGCCUGUA